GUAAAGCAGUAAAGCUACAAUGCCAAGAAAGAGUAAGAGAGCUCAGGCCCAGAGUCUGCGUAGGUCAGCAGAGAUAAACUGUGCAGCAAAUGAACAAACAGAUGGUGUUCCUUCAGUGCCUCAUGCUGACGGUGUGAAACAGGGAGGUCAAAGUUCACCAUGUGUACCACAGGUAUCUUAUGCAGAUGUGGUUAAGAGGAGUAAUCCACCUGUUGCAGGCCCGUCUGAUUCUGAGCAGGUAAACCGCAGAGUUCAGAGUGAUGAUCCAGGAGUACAGCAGGUAUCCCAUGCAGACAUGACAAAGAGGAGAUGUUCCAGUGAGCCAAGUAUUGCAGACCCCUCCAACUCAAAGCAGGUAAACCACAGAGGUCAAGGUGAUGAGCCACGUGCAGCCCAGCUUUCAUAUGCAGACAUGGUGCAGAGGAGACGUGUCAGUAAUGAUCAGUGUGUAGCAGGCCCACCUCAGGCAGACGUGGUAAACACUAGAGAUCAGCUUGAUGAACUAAACCUCAGUGCAUCUCGCAGCCAGGCUUCUCUGAAAUACGGCCAGUCCAGAAACAAGCAGUGCACCUGUAACUCCCUCAUAUUCCUUGCAUUCCUGUGUGAGAAUGAAAACAUGACCAGAGCAGACCUGAACAGUGUUUUGGACAAAGGUAAUGUGAUGUACAGAACGGUGAGAGAAAGGGUUCCUAACCACGUCCAUCUGACUACUGAUGAGCUCCCUGAUAUAGUUCCUGCUCGAAGAUUCACCCACAUCGUGGACAUGUCACUGCUCUCUAGAUAUGGCACAUUUGGAGACCCUUCACCUGAGGCUGUAGAUUACUUUCUGGACCUUGAGUCAGGACUGAGCUGCCUGUUAUCAGAUGUGCAGUACGCACUGCUGCUGAUGAGUUCACUAUGCAUUGCAGUCUUCAGAACUAGAUCAGGCAGAUAUGGUUUCUUUGAUCCACAUGCUAGGACAGUCAAAGGUUUGCCUCUGCUUCAGCUUACACCCACCCCUGGUACCGCUGUCAUGGUGACGUUCACACGUCUCAGUGAUAUGAUCGACAGGCUCACCAAGUAUCACAAGAUGUUGGGCACAGCAGCGUCCUGUACCUAUGAGUUAAAGCCAGUCCAGUUUCCUGAUGUGAACUACCUGAGUGAUGUCACCCCAGCCACAGAGAGUCAGCCACCAACUCACACUGUACCAACCACUGUGUUUGAUGAUACCCAUCCAGAUGAGCCAACCACAAGUGAUCCACAGAUGAACACUGAUGUCUCUGAAAUCACCGUGUUAGCAGACAUGGAGACUGACCCUGAACCACUCAGCUCUGUUUCAGACACACUGAAUGAUGACAUGGAAACUGAUGUCUCUGACCACACGUCACAGAGAACCUGCCCUAACAUCACUUCUUCAUCUACUGCGAAUCAACCAGAGGUACAUGAAGUGUUUCCUAACACACACACUGAACCAGAACCAGCACAUGGAUUCAGCUUAAACUCUGACAAAUCACAAGACUGUCCCCCAAGUGAGUUACUCUUAACUGAUCCGUUGAUACGUACUGACACCAGUGCUCAUGACCUCUCACAUGACAUCUCCAGUAAAGUAUCAAAACUGGGAAAAGAGCAAAGGAGGAAAUUUAAGAUGAGACUGAUGCAUUCUGAAAACUUAAUACAAAGAAAGGAGAACCAAAAGAGGAAAGAGAGAGUAAAGUAUGCUUUAGAUGAAAAGUAUAAAGCAAAGAAAAAAUCUUACUCAAGCCAGAGAUCUUCCAAGGAAGAGUUAAGAAAAGCAAAACAAAAAUAUGAUACCAACCAUUACAGAAACAACCCUGAAAUACAGAAAAAGAAAAGGAAUCAUAUAACAACUAGAUACAGAGAAAGCACGGAUUUUAGACUGAAGCAAAAAGCCUAUAUCACAAGAAAAUACCGCGACAGUGUUGAAUUUAAGGACAGACAAAAAAAAUACAUUACAAGAAAAUACCGCAACAGUGUGGAAUUUAAAGACAGACAAAAAACGUAUAUCAAGAGGAGAUACACAGAGGACAUUGAUUUCAGGCAGAGACAACGAUCUUAUAUCACUCAGAGAUAUGCUCGUGAUGAAGUGUUCCGUGUUCGACACAGACAGCUGAUGAGACAAAUAAUGAGAGACAGGACUAAGAACAGUCUUCAUAAGAUGAGAUGUGCAUUAAAAAUAUCAAGGAAAUACAGACAGAUAAGUAGACACACAUGUGAGCCUGACAGAGAGAGUGAGAACCCUUUGAUCAGAGAGGCCAUCGCUGCUUUCAGAUCACACAUAAAGGACGGUCCCACCUAUGUUUGCACUGUGUGCCACAAAGCCUCAUUUCCAAACCAGGUGAAACCCUGCAAGAGGUCCAGCUAUGUGAAACAUCCCCGUGUGGUUGCAGCAUGUCUAACAGGACAGUAUGUUCAUGCUUGUGAUGAUGACUGCAGAAAUAAUAAGUGCACUGUCCCUGAUGAGAGAAAGAGAGAGUGGAUUUGUCACACCUGUCACGAACAUCUGAAAAAUGGAGCCAUGCCUAAACUGGCUGUAGCAAACAACCUGGGUCUAGCUGAUAUUCCACCUGAGCUGUGUGACCUCAACAUACUGGAGAGACAUCUGAUAGCAAAGUGCAUCACGUUUGCAAAGAUCAUUCCUCUUCCUAAAGGCAGACAGAGAGCUAUCCAUGGUAACGUGGUGUGUGUUCCCUCUGAAGUCCAGGAGACCAUCGAUGCUCUUCCCAGAUUGAGAAGUGAGUCUCAGGUGCUGAGAGUGAAACUGAAGAGACGGUUGACUUACAGAGGUCAUCAUCUGUUUCAGACUGUAACCUGGUCUAAACUCAUACAGGCUCUGCAUAAACUCAAAGAGAUCCACCCACAGUAUGAGGACAUCACUAUUAGAGAUGAGGAGGACUUGUGUGAUCCCACAGUACCUGAUGAGGAUGAUGAUGGUGAUGGUGAUGGUGAUGGUGUUACAAUGGCUGAGGAAGACUAUGAUGAGGAUGAUUUGAUGGAAAUCGACAGGUUUGAGACUGAUGCUAUGUGUGAGGCAGAAAUUGACAAUGAAAACACUGAGCUGUGUGAUGAAGGUCAGACCCAGGAGAAUGAUGAUGAUGGUGAGCCACAGCAGGAAGGAGACAUGCCUCAUGGUGGUGUUGUUCUUGAAUCAUGCCUUCAGCCGCGUGAUGUUUCAGAGGAGAUAUUAUGUUUCAGUGACUCUACCUACUCAGUAGCUCCUGCAGAGGGAAACAGUCCAGUCAGUUUUUUUAAGACACCCAAACUUGAAGCCAUGGCUUUCCCCGUUCAGUUUCCCACUGGUGUAAACACUCUGGAUGAAAACAGACCCAUGAAAUUAACACCCGGUGCUUAUUUCAAAGCAAGGCUCUUUGGUGUGGACGAUCGCUUUGCCAGAGAUACCAACUACCUGUUCUUUGCACAGUUUGUGGCAGAAAUACAUGUAGCUACUUCCAGCAUGACCAUACAGCUGCGUAAAGGAAAACCUUUCACCAGAGAUGGACGUAAAAUAACAUCCAGAAUGUUGAGAGACAAGCAUGAGGUGGAGAGACUGGUGAGAAACAGAGAUGCUAUCAGAUUCAUGCAGCCACUCAGAGGAACACCAGCCUAUUGGGACAAAACUACUAAAGACCUGUUUGCCAUGAUCAGACAGCUGGGCAGUCCCACCUUCUUUGUCACAUUUUCUGCAGCAGAGAUGCGUUGGCCAGAGGUGAUUAUUGCCAUAAAAGCACAGCAGGGUGAGGAGGUGAACUUUGAUGAGCUGGACUGGUCCACAAAGUGUGACAUUCUGAGAUCCAACCCCGUCACUGUGAUGAGAGUUUUUGACAAAAGAGUUGAAGCACUGUACAGAGACCUGAUCUUGUCUCCUGCACAACCCCUGGGCAAAGUGUACGACUUCUUUUGGCGUCUUGAGUUUCAGCACAGAGGAAGUCCUCACAUACAUGGUCUCCUGUGGGUUGAUGGUGCACCUGUGUUUGAGAAAGACAGUGAUAAGACUGUGUGUGACUUUGUGUCCAAAUACAUCUCUGCUCGGCUCCCUGAUCCAGAUAAACAGCCUGACCUGUUUAAAAAAGUCACAGAGGUGCAGAUACACAGCAAAAACCACUCAAAGACAUGUUUUAAGAGUGCUAGUUCAGGAUGCAGAUUUGGAUUCCCCAAACCUCCCUCCAGAAGGACAUUGAUAACCAGACCUGUGGAUGAUGUGGACUCAGAGAGACUUAAAGCAGCCAAAGAGAAACUAGCCCCACUGAAUCAGUUGCUGAAUAAACCUGAGACCGCCUCCCUGAGUUUUGAACAGCUCCUGUCUCGAUGUGACCUGACCCCCAGUGAAUUUGAGCAUCACCUGCACAUGAUGAGCCAGUCCUGCAGUAUCAUACUGAAGCGUGACCCAAAAGACUGCUGGGUAAACCCUUACAACCCUCAUCUGCUUGAAGCCUGGGACGCAAACAUUGAUGUGCAGUUUGUUCUGAGCUACCACAGUCUGAUCCGUUACAUCUGUACAUACAUGUGCAAAAGUGAGAACUCUGUGAGUCAGUAUCUGCAAACGCUCAUUCAGAACUCAGACAGAGACUGUGUUAACGAACGGGACGAAAUGAAAGCAAUCAUGCAGGCAUAUUCCAAAAAGAGAGAGAUAUCAGCACAAGAGGCUGUGGCCCGAGUGACUUCACUGAACAUGAAAAAGAGUUCACGCGCCGUGGUUUUCAUUUCAACUGACGACAACCCGGUCAAAAUGAGUCUGCCUGUCUCCAGCCUUGGCAACACAACACCAGACUGUGUCAAUGUGUGGAUGACGUCUAUAACAGACAAAUACAAAGCCAGACCUGAGACACCAGAGUUUGAGGAGAUGUGCAUGGCAGACUUUGCCUCUACCUGCAGACUUGUGUAUGGACAACAGACCAAGGGAAAACAUGUGGUACCUCUGCUGAAUGAGUUAGGCUUUGUACAGAGGAGAGGAAGUGAGAACCAUGCAGUCAUCAGAUAUCGCCGCAUAUCAAAAGAGAAGUACCCCGAGCAGUUUUAUGGCACGUUACUUAGACUGUAUCUUCCAUACAGAUCAGACCAAGAACUGAAAAGACCGUUUCUACCCACAUACGAGUCCUUCCACGAGAGAGGUAUAGUUCAGCUGCCGUGCUCUGACCGUCCCCAGUACGUGAAAGUCAUAGUGAAAAGAAACAAAGAGAAAUAUGAAAAGAACAGUGAGGAAAUCGAGACCGCUAUCGAGGACUUUGAACAGAACAGAGGCGUGGUGGAUGAAUGGUGUAACUUGGCCCCAGAGUCUGAAGUGGUGAGGUUGGAGUGUAUCGAUGAGCUGGAUGCCAGACAACCCGAUCCUGAAAACGUUCAAGAGAAUGUACCAGAGUACAAUAAACAAGCCGACGCUGCUCCAGAAGCCAGAGUCAUGAGAGAGCCCCCUGCAGUCGAUCCCACACAGCUACGUCAAAUGUAUCAGAGUCUGAACCAGAAACAAGCAUGUGUGUUCUAUGCAGUGAGAGACUGGUGCUUUAAGCGUGUCUGUGGACUACACCCAGAGCAGUUUUUCUACUACAUCAAUGGUGGAGCUGGAACAGGAAAGUCACAUCUCAUUAAAUGCAUCUACUCAGAGGCGUCUAAGAUACUGAGCAAAGUGCCCAGACGUGCUGAGGAAGCUGACAUAUCAACCCCCACUGUGUUGUUGACUGCUUUCACUGGAACUGCAGCCUUUAACAUCUCUGGAACUACACUGCACUCUCUGCUCAAACUGCCCAGAAGCCUCAAACCUCCUUUUCAAGGUCUCGGGAACAAACUGGAUGAAAUCAGGUGUGAGCUUUUAAAUGCUGAAAUCCUUGUCAUUGAUGAAGUGUCCAUGGUGUCAAAGGCCCUGUUUGCCUAUGUGGAUGUGAGACUGAAACAGAUCAAAGGCAGUCACAGACCCUUUGGAGGAAUGUCAGUGUUAGCUGUGGGAGACUUUUAUCAGUUACCUCCUGUACGACAGUCCAAACCUCUUUGUGUGUUUGAUCCUCGUGAGAUUGACCUCUGGACAGAGAACUUUCAGAUGGUAACCUUGAAUGAGAUCAUGAGACAGAAGGAUGACUUGGUGUUUGCUGAGAUGUUGAACAGGCUCCGUGUGAAGAACAAGUCAGAUGAGCUUUCUGAAGCAGACCGAGCUUUGCUGUCACAGCGUAUCACAGAACCAGAACUCUGUCCCACUGAUGUCCUGCACAUUUUUGCAACCAACAGACAGGUCGACGCACACAACUCUGCAACCCUCUCUCUGCUCCAUUAUGAUAUAACCAGCAUCGAUGCAGACGACUUUAAAAAGGACCAACACACUGGACACAUGAAAAGACAAGGUGCACCGUGUAAAGGAGGCAGAAGUGAUUUACCCGACACACUGAAUGUUGCUGUAGGUGUUCGAGUCAUGCUCACCAGAAACAUAGAUGUGUCUCAAGGAUUGGUGAACGGAUCAUUUGCUACGGUAGGUAAAGUCGUCAACACUGAAAGAAAUGAUUCUUCUCAAGUCACUAUGCUUGGGCUCAGGAUGGAUGAUGAAACAGCUGGUGGGAGCUAUCGUUCCAGAGGAGACAAUCUGGUGUACAUAGACAGAUCAGAGGAGGCUCUGAAACACAAAGGAGUGGUACGUAGACAGUUCCCUGUCAAACUUGCCUUUGCAUGCACGAUCCACAAGGUUCAAGGUAUGACAAAGAAAUCAGCUGUAGUCUCUCUGAAACACAUUUUUGAACCUGGCAUGGCUUACGUAGCGAUCAGCAGAGUGACCUCUCUCGGUGGACUCCACAUUCUUGACUUGGACGAGAGUAAAAUCCACGCAAACCCUCAUGUCAGUGUUUCCUUAGAGACCAUGAGACAAGCCAACUUGGACCACAUGAUGCCUCUUCUCCAGAUCCAACAUUCACUCAACAGAUGUGACACUGUGACCAUCGUUCACCACAACACAGAGGGACUACCAUCUCAUGUGAACGACAUCAAAAGCCAUCAUGAGCUGAGUCUUGCAGAUGUUUUGUGUCUCACUGAAACUCACCUACAGGGCUCCUUUGUUGCAGACAGUCUCCAGUUAGAGGGCUACACCAUGUUCAGACGUAACAGACACCUGUCCUAUUCUAAUGUUCAACAGAUAGCCAGUCGAGGAGGUGGUGGAGUUGCUGUUUAUGUGAGAAACCACUUGCAGGUGUUGGAGAAACAGUACAUCACUAAUGUGACUGACCUUGAGUUUGUGGCUUUGAAGGUUGAAGCUCCAGUAAGUGCUCUGAUUGCAGCUCUGUACAGACCUCCAGACUACAGUGUGACAUCUUUCCUGUCCAAUGUGGGAAGCCUUCUGGACUCACUGGAGAUCAUGGACUGUCACCCCAUCAUUGUGUGUGGAGACUUCAACGAGAAUCUCUCUUCAAAUGCAAGUAAGCCCAUUCUUGACUUCUUUCAGUCCAAGGGAUACGCUCAGCUGAUCACCACUGGUACAACAGACAAGAACACACUGCUGGACCUCAUCUUCAUCUCCAGACCACAGCAAUGUCUCCACUCAGGUGUCAUGCAGACCUAUUACAGUUACCACAAUCCUGUUUACUGUGUGAUUUCAUCCAACAGGUCGUAAAGGAGACAGCUGGACUUUAAAGACAGAUUUAAUCACGUGUGGCUAAAAGAAUAAGUGCAGAAUAACUGUUUUAACAAAGAUUAGGAUAAUUAAGAGUUAAUGAAGAGAAAAUAAUUAUGUUUGUUUAAGAUUUACUAAAAACUGUUUGAUUUUAAAGACUGAAUUAUUGAAAAAGUGCUGUAAUGUGAGAAACUGACCUCUCUCUUUGUCCCAGAGAAACACUCUCUACUUGACCUGUCUCCAUUCUAGUACAGUGAGAACAUCUCAGCUGCCACAACCUGUGACUCUGUUCCUCAACCAGGGCCUAAGUACUGAGAACAAGAACACAAGAAGAACAGGUUGGUGUAUCAAAAAUGUGAGUAUGUGGUACAACACAUUAUUAUGGGAAAUUAUUUGGUUAACAGAAUACAUGUGUUUAGUGUCUGACAGAUUAUUAGUGAUGGAUCGUUUUAUGGAACAUUUUUUGGCCUGUGCAUUUAUCAGGUCAAGUCAAGUCAAUCAAUUUGACUUGACUUGUUAGGGAGGGUGGGCCAGGACUGAUAAAUGCACAGGCCAAAACCCUUUAAGCAGCUGUGUCUGAUGUUGUAUACAGCUGCUAAAAAAACUACCGUUUGAAACCCCAACAGAAAGUGUGUGUUCAUCAGGAACACACACUUUCUGAUGGUCUGAUACCUACCAGCUGAAACCCCACUCUUUUCAGCCACUGUAGAAAGUGUAAGUUUCCUUUCACCUGGGUUAGGGUUUGGGUUAGUUAGUCUGUUCCAUCGUUAAGCUGACCUCCAUCGUCACGGUCUGGUUGACCUCGCAUCAGGCUGAACUCUGCUGAAGACUGUCAAACAGCAGAAGACACAUCACUCCUGACAACACAAAGUCUACCUGCUGCUCAUCCCAUCACUCUGCAGAGGAGAGGAGGAGACACGUCCUCCAAACUUCUCCUCAUCUUCUCUCUGGCUCUGAGGUCCAGAAGGAGCUUUCAUCAACCACCAGACACCAAGCUGGAGCAGAACAGAUGCUACAGCACCUGACAGUCACCAGUGACACCUUCUCUGCUGGACCACACAUAGACAUGUGACCUCCUGCCAGGGCUCUGGUGUCUUCACAACAAAGCACGAGGUCUUCCUCCAAUGUGCUCCAGCCAGUUGAAGACGAGGAGAACUGCUAACAGAGCUAACAUGUUGACAUCAUGGCUCCAUCAUGCAGCCUUCAGAAGCUAUUCUACAACCACAGGUCAAAGGUCACAACAGUGCACACCUUACACCAUCACUCUGAAACUGUGCUGUGCUCUGCUUUGGGGUCUUUGACCUGCAGAGUGAAUGCUUGUUUUAACGAUGGAACAACUAUUAGUUAAGUUUUUUUUAUUAUAGCUCUCUACUCUUUGCGAUCAAUUAUUUAUUUAUAUUUUGUGUUGCAUUAGGGUUUUAUUACUUUUUAAACUUUUUAUUUCAUUAAUUUGACUUCAGGUCUACUUUCCAUUUUUCUGUGUUCUCAUGUGAAAACAUAAAAAACACUGAUAAAGAGGAAAAUGUCAGUUCAGUUGUUACAUGCAUCUGAUCUUGCCAACAUGUUUCCUCUUCAUCAGUCUUAUUCUUCUUGUUACAUUCCUCUAAUGUUUCAGAUUUAGUCUGGGGUUUCAGCUGGUAGGUAAAUUAAAAAUUCUUCACAUGAGCUUAGUCUUGGGCUGAUGUGAACCCUGGUGGACAGCAGUCAUGUAAUACUUUUAUAAACUAAGCAUUAAGGUGUGAGACUAACAUCCAAGUUGAAGGUGUGGUCUUCACACAGCCUUCAGCACAGAGCUCAGUUAAAUGAGUGUUGUGAUGUGCUCUGAUUGAGGAACAGUGUUCUGCUCCUUUAAACUCUCAAAGGUAGAGUUCUUUCUUUUUUAGUGAGGGGUCCUUCAAAGUCAAGGAGAACCCAGCACUCCAGUAAGACUCAGUAAUCUGAGCAACGUGUUGCUAUAACAAACAAUAGAGACUAAAAUGUUGACUGUCAGUCCAGAACUAUGAACUAAAGAGGGAAUCAGCCCUGGUCUAACCAACCUGUGAGAAGUCUCUGGUAUUGAACAGAAGAAAUAUGUACAGGUCCUUUGUCUUUCAUGCCUCUCCUCCUGUCUAUCUGUCUGUGAGUGUGGGUGGUCUUGCAUCCACUUUAGAAAAUGUAGGUUUCCUUUCAGCUGGGUUAGGGUUUGGGUUAGUUAGUCUGUUCCAUCGUUGACCCGACCUCCAUCGGCACGGUCUGGAUGACCUCACACCAGGCUGAACUCUGCUAAAGACGGUCAAACAGCAGAAGACACAUCACUCCUGACAACACAAAGUCUACCUGCUGCUCAUCCCAUCACUCUGCAGAGGAGAGGAGGAGACACGUCCUCCAAACUUCUCUUCUCAGUCACCAGUGAGACCUUCUCUGCUGGACCACACAGAGACAUGGGACCUCCUGCCAGGGCUCUGCUGUCUUCACAACAAAGCAUGAGGUCUUCCUCCAGUGAGCUCCAGCCAGUUGAAGACGAGGAGAACUGCUCACAGAGCUAACAUGUUGACAUCAUGUUUUCCUCUGCGGCAGUUUUAAAGCGUCAUCCUCCAACCUCCACAUCACCAUCUGCGAAUUCAUGAUGAAGCCAGUGCAGCUCAGCAGAACUCUUGAGAGAAGAGGAGACACGUCCUCCAAACUUCUCCUCAGCUUCUCUCUGGCUCUGAGGUCCAGUAGCAGCUUUCAACAAUUCGCCAGACAUCGAACUGGAGCAGAACAGAUGCUACAGCACCUGACAGUAAACAGAGAGACCUUCUCUGCUGGACCACACACAGACAUGUGACCUCCUGCCAGGGCUCUGCUGUCUUCACAACGAAGCAUGAGGUCUUCCUCCAGUGAGCUCCAGCCAGUUGAAGACGAGGGAAACUGCUAACAGAGCUAACAUGUUGACAUCAUGGCUCCAUCAUGCAGCCUUCAGAAGCCUCCCUGUGAAGUGGCUCUGAUCAAACAUGUUUUUUUCCUCUGUAGCAGUUUUAAAGCGUCAUCCUCCAACCUCCACAUCACCAUCUGUGCAUUCAUCAUGAAGCCAGUGCAGCUCAGCAGAACUCUUGAGAGAAGAGGAGACCCGUCCUCCAAACUUCUCCUCACCUUCUCUCUGGCUCUGAGGUCCAGUAGCAGCUUUCAACAACUCGCCAGACAUCGAAUUGGAGCAGAACCAAAACUACAGCACCUGACAGUCAUCAGUGAGACCUUCUCUGCUGGACCACACACAGACAUGUGACCCCCUGCCAGGGCUCUGUUGUCUUCACAACGAAGCAUGAGGUCUUCCUCCAAUGUGCUCCAGCCAGUUGAAGACGAGCUGAACCACUCACAGAGCUAACAUGUUGACAUCAUGGCUCCAUCAUGCAGCCUUCAGAAGCCUCCCUGUGAAGUGGCUCUGAUCAAACAUGUUUUUUUCCUCUGCAGCAGUUUUAAAGCUUCAUCCUCCAACCUCCACAUCACCAUCUGUGCAUUCAUGAUGAAGCCAGUGCAGCUCAGCAGAACUCUUGAGAGAAGAGGAGACACGUCCCCAAAACUUCUCCGCACCUUCUCUCUGGCUCUGAGGUCCAGUAGCAGCUUUCAACAACUCGCCAGACAUCGAAUUGGAGCAGAACCAAAACUACAGCAACUGACAGUCAUCAGUGAGACCUUCUCUGUUGGACCCACACCGACAUUUGCCCACCUUCCAGGGCUCUGAUGUCUUCACAACAAAGCAUGAGGUCUUCCUCCAGUGAGCUCCAGCCAGUUGAAGACGAGGAGAACUGCUCACAGAGCUAACAUGUUGACAUCAUGUUUUCCUCUGCAGCAGUUUUAAAGCGUCAUCCUCCAACCUCCACAUCACCAUCUGUGCAUUCAUCAUGAAGCCAGUGCAGCUCAGCAGAACUCUUGAGAGAAGAGGAGACACGUCCUCCAAACUUCUCCUCACCUUCUCUCUGGCUCUGAGGUCCAGUAGCAGCUUUCAACAACUCGCCAGACAUCAAACUGGAGCAGAACCAAAGCUACAGCACUCGUCAGUCACCAGGGAGACCUUCCCUGUGUGAAGCUGCAGCUCAGCAGAGUUUAACUGAUGAUGAUCCUUCAACAAGAGAUCAACCAAAGAGCAACACAUCUGUCAUCACUAUCAGACUGAAAGUUCACCCUCACUGCAGCUUCAAGCUUUCCCUAGAGGUCACUGCAGUCAUGCUGUCGUCAAAAACACUGAUGAUAACUGCUCACAGCCAUUCUUCAACCACAGGUCAAAGGUCAAACCAUUGCAACACCUUACCUUACACCAUCAAUGUGAAACUGUGCUGUGCAUGUUACUGACCUGCAGAGUGACUGCUUGUCUUAAUGAUGGAACAACUAUAAGUUAGGUUUUCUUUGAUUAUAGUUCUCUACCUCAUAUGAUCCAUUAUAUAUUUAUAUGUUGUGUUUUAUUAGGAUUUUAUUACUUUUGUAGAGUUCUUCCUCUUUUUGUGAGGAGUCCUUCAAAGUCAAGGAUAACCCAGUGCUCCAGUAAGACUCAGUAAUCUGAGCAACAUGUUGCUAUAACAAACAAUAGAGACUAAAAUGUUGACUGUCAGUCCAGAACUAUGAACUAAAGAGAGAAUCAGCCCUGGUCUAACCAACCUGUGAGAAGUCUUUGAUGGUAAGGCUCAACACUAAAACAUCACUAUGAGCAACAUACUCAGUUUAUGAGAAUUAAAUAGAGAUCACUGUCAACAGAAUAGUCUUAAAGAUCUUUCUUGACAUAUUUGUCACAUAUAU